CCUCCGUGCUUCAGAAGCUGGGCUUUUAAAUGGUUUCCUCGCGGCGGGCGGGAAGAAGAUGCUCGGUAGCAGCGGCGGAGGAGGCAACCACCACGUCAGGAGUCUGCAGCAGGACGCGGAGCUGAACGGCGAGGAAGGGCCAGAGGAACUGAAGGGCUUCAAGAAGGCGGCGUCCGAGGGGAGCAAGGCCAUGAUGCAGAAGCGCGCCAACCCCAAAGGCCCGGCCGGGAUGGCGCCCAAGACGGCUGAGCUGAAGGUCUUCAAGUCGGACAGCUUGGAGGCUCGCCUGCCGGUGGCCUCGAACCUACGCAAGCAGAAGUCCCUCACCAACUUGUCCUUCCUGACCGACAGCGAGAAGAAGAUGCAGCUCUACGAGCCCAAGUGGAGCGACGACAUGGCCAAGGCGGCCAAAGGGUUCGGGGGCCGCAGCCUUAAAGGCGGCAAGCCCGCGCCCUCGCUCAUGUCCAAGAACCUCUCCCGGUCCGAGCACUCGCUCUUUCAGGCGAAGUUGGCCCCUGCCACCAGCAACAAACCGCCGCUGGCGCCGCUGCCCUCCAACCUGGGCAAGCCCAGCCGCAUCCCGCGGGGACCUUAUGCCGAAGUCAAACCGCUCAGCAAAGCCCCCGAGGCUGGCAGUGUCGACGACCCCAAGUCGGACGACGAGAUCCUCUCCAAUAAGGGCAAGACGGCGCAGCAGAAGCAGCCCCAGCAGCCGCCACAGACGGCCACUCAGCCGGCCGGGAAAGGGGCACCGGAGGAGAAGGCUUUCCUGAAGGUGGAUCCCGAACUGGUAGUCACCGUGCUGGGCGACCUGGAGCAGCUGCUCUUCAGCCAGAUGCUCGACCCUGAAUCCCAGAGAAAGAGGACAGUACAAAAUGUGCUCGAUCUGCGGCAGAACCUUGAAGAGACCAUGUCCAGUUUACGGGGCUCCCAAGUAACUCACAGCUCGCUGGAGAUGACGUGCUAUGAUAGCGAUGAAGCCAAUCCCCACAGUGUAUCUAGCCUGUCCAACCGUUCCUCCCCUCUCUCGUGGCGGUAUGGUCAGUCCAGCCCACGCCUGCAAGCCGGAGAUGCUCCUUCGGUCGGUGGGGGGUGUCGCUCAGAAGGCACUCCUAGCUGGUACAUGCAUGGGGAACGAGCUCAUUAUUCCCACACCAUGCCCAUGCGCAGUCCCAGCAAGCUCAGCCACAUUUCCCGCUUGGAGCUGGUGGAAUCCCUUGAUGCUGAUGAUGUAGAUCUUAAAUCUGGGUACAUGAGUGACAGUGACUUAAUGGGCAAGACAAUGACUGAAGAGGAUGAUAUCACCACAGGUUGGGAUGAAAGUAGUUCCAUCAGCAGUGGCCUCAGUGAUGCCUCAGACAAUCUCAGUUCAGAAGAAUUCAAUGCUAGUUCUUCACUCAAUUCCCUGCCUUCCACCCCCACGGCUUCCCGUAGGAACUCUGCCAUAGCGCAGGUAAGCCUGAAGUAAAAGCAACAGACAAAAACAAACUCUUUGUGAAAAAUGCUGGCCUGCAGCGCUCAUCUUCUGAUGCUGGCCGAGAUCGGCUUUCAGAUGCCAAGAAGCCUCCCUCUGGGCUUACACGAACCACCACGGCUGGCUCCUUUGGUUACAACAAGAAACCCCCUCCUGCGACGGGUACUGCUACAGUGAUGCAAGCUGGUGGCUCAGCUACACUUGGCAAGAUCCAGAAGAACUCCAGCAUCCCUGUGAAACCCGUCAAUGGCAGGAAAACCAGUUUAGAUGUCUCCAACGCAGGGGAGCCUGGGUUUAUGGCACCAGGAGCCCGUACCAACAUCCAGUACCGGAGCCUGCCACGCCCUGCCAAAUCUAGCUCCAUGAGUGUCACUGGUGGACGAAGUGGCCCACGUCCUGUCAGCAGCAACAUUGACCCCAGCCUCCUCAGUGCCAAGGGGGGUAUUUCUGUUUCACGCCUCAAGGAACCUUCUAAAAUAGGGGCAAGUCGGAGCUCCACAGGGCCAGUGAAUCAGACUGACAGAGAGAAGGAGAAGGCCAAAGCCAAAGCAGUGGCACUAGACUCUGACUCUGUCUCACUCAAGAGCAUGGGCUCCCCUGAAAGCACCCCAAAAGCUCCAAGUGGCCACCAGAUCCCUGGAAAAGACGCUGAGCUGCCGCCAACACCCCUCAGGUAG